GCGCCACUUCCUGGCGGGAUGGUGGGGAGGAGGCAGCGCUUGGUUCGGCGGGGAAACAUGGUAGCGUCGGACGGCGUCUCCGAGGAGAUGGUGAACGCCUUGGUCCUGCAGUUCUACUUCUGCCAGGCCAUGGUGGCCUACCGCUCCGGCAGGCGCCGCGACUUCCGCCAGCUCCGCGACGUCAUGCAGGCGCUGCUUGUGCGACCCGUAUCGAAGGAGGCCACGGUAGCCCAGAUGCUGCGUAUAAUGCAACUCUUGUCACGAAUUGAGGAAGGCGAGAAUCUCGAUUGCACUUUCGAUAAGGAGUCAGAGCUCACUCCGCUUGAAUCGGCCAUCGGUGUCUUGGAGCUCAUCCAGAAUGAGUUCUCUGUGGCUGAGAAGACAAUGGAAACUGUUGAGAAGAUGGUGAAGGAAGCUGCCGUUAUUGUCUGCAUCAAAAACAGAGAGUUUGAGAAAGCUUCCAAAAUUGUCAAGAGUCAUAUUGGGAAGGAACCCAAAAACCAAAAGAAGAGGGCUGAGCUCCUGGGUAUCAUCCGGGAGAAGAACUUCACUCACCCAAUGGUCAAAAACUUCUCCUACAAGGACUUCCAGCAGAGUGUGUUUCAUCACCUGAAGAGCUACAUGGGUGAUUCAGAGCCGCUGCUCCUGACGGUAAUGAAGAAAAAUUGGAAUUCAGAACAAAGCAAUGGAGAAAAAUGCUCCUCAGGGACUCCUGAGUCUGCAAAUAAACCAGAGGAGGAGGACCCAGAUGGAGCUCCAGAUUCUGCAGAAAGCGCAAAGGACCAGGUGGGAGCUCCCAGCCCUGCCAAAAGGGCAUGUGGUCCUGCAGCAGCUCCUGGGCCUGUGGAAAGAGCUGAUGACCCUGCAGCAGCUCCCGAGCCUAUGGAUGGAGCUACUGACCCUGCAGCGACUCCUGAAGCUUCAGUGGCAGUGGUUAAUACCUUGGAAGAUGCUUCAAUGCCUAUGGAAAUACCUAACAAACCAGUAUCAGCAGCUCCAGAACUCCCAAGAGUGCCCUCUGGAGACUUGGAAAGGCUGCCCUCUGGAGCCAUCACCACGUUUGGGAUUUCUACUCUCAGAGAAGCCUUCAAGGUCCUGUCUGACUUGCCGGAUUCGGACACACUCUUCACUGAACUGGACGAAACAGACUUUUCUUUCCCCAAGCAACUGUCUCCUUCUGUAUCCCACAGAACCAAGAGACGGCAAGAAGACGAGAAUCAACAUUCUAAGAUCUCAGACCCUCCUAAAAUAGCCCAUAAGGGCAAAUGCUUGUUGACCAUAAGCAAAAUUAUCAUGGAGCAAGACAACCAGUGCAGCGAGUUGAGCACGAGCCCAGAUUCUUCCCAGGAGCCAGUUGUAUCCUCUGCUUCCAGACCCGUUCAGAAAUUGCAUGAUCAGCCUGUGCCUGCACAGAGCAUCAAGGUCUCCAAGGGACGGUGGAACAGCUCUUGUGGUGAAGAAGAAAAAGAUAGCUGGAGCGAGGAGGAUGAACUCUUCCCGGAUGCAGCAUCAUUCACAAAUGACCACAGCACUUCAGUGUUCAGUUCCAGAAAACAGAGAUGGACAGUGCAGGAGAGCCAGUGGAUCAAAGAGGGUGUGAAGAAGUAUGGAGAGGGGCGAUGGAAGGUCAUUUGCCAGAAAUACCCCUUCCAGAACCGCACAGCAGUGAUGAUCAAGGAUCGUUGGCGGACCAUGAAAAAGCUGGGAAUCCUCUGAAGCUGGGAGCCACAGGACCUUUAGUGCCAAAACCUCCUUGUUUUCCUUUUGAUGGCAGUGAGGAGGCUGCUGUGCUCAUCCCUGACACGUACUGGGGCCAGCAUGGUGAGCGCCUCCAGCUCCUGGUAUGCAAGAUUGCUGCAGCAGAUAAAAAUUGUGUCUGGUAAGAACCAAGGAUCUUUGGGUCUUCAGUUGUAGCUGCAAGAUUUAGGUCUCCUGCAGCUGGCAGAAGCCAUGCAGCCUGAUAGCACACAACCUGGUUUGGAGUUUUCUUUUCCACUGGACAGCUGCAGCUCUUGUAGGAUGAACCCCAAGGUGAUGGGCUGCCAGAGUGAUGGGUUUUCUUCUGCUUGGGUGCUCUCAGGUGGCAGAAUGGUUCUGUUCAUGGACAUUUGUAUGUGUUUUAACAGUCUGAACUGUGAAUCCCUCAUUUCAUCCAUUUGUGCUCGGUUCCCUGUGGGAAGGAGGCAGGGAGGAUGGAGUCCCAGAGCUUCUGAGGAAAGAAGAGAUGCAGACAAAUGGAUCUGCUGAGAUUGUUUUCGCAUUUCUCUCUUCUCUGUAAAUGGCUGGUCUGUGAGUGGGGAUCUCUCCCUCCCAGCCUUGAGGCUUUAAAAACAUUACCUUUUUUUGUUGUUGUUUUGGUAUUAAAUGUUGGUUG